AGACCCUAAGAACUGCCUCCCUUGCUUCCUCAAAUUAAUUAGUAGGGUUGACUCUCAGGGAAUGUGAAUAUAUGAAUACAUAUUGCUUCUUUCACCACCAAGCGUUUGCAUAGACUGUUCUCUCUGCAUGGAACAUCCUCCCUUUUCACCCUAAACUUCUUCGCUUCAGGGCUCACACCCAGAAAGUCAUCCCUGAACCCUUAGGCUAGACCAGGAGCUUCCUUCUGCACCCAAAGACCCCCCCAGGGUUUUCCCCCAUCAUAGAUUGGAUCACACUACCUGUGCUUCUCCCCCCGUCAUGCCUGGGUCAUUCUUGGUGGUCACUGGUGUAUCUCCCCCAUGGACUAAGGUAUGUGUUUGUUUUCUGUGCUAAGGUAGGCCUGGCCUAUAGUUGGAGCUCAAGAAAACUGUUGGAUGAAUAAAUGAGAGAAAGUAACUGCAUGAGAAAUGUUCAAAAUCCUUAACCCCUGUUUAAGAGGUCAAUGGCCAAUCUAGAACACACCCUAGCCAGAGCUGAGGUAGGGUCCUGGGAGCCCCCAGCUAUGUUUCUGGAAUGUAGAAAAGUCAGAGACAGUUGUGCCAGACAAUCAUUAGGAGCUGGACUACUAACAAACCAGUAUUUUAAUGCCUGCUACACCUGGACAGUGUGCUUCUGGCUGAAUAUCAGCUCUGGGCAUCUGAGAAUUAGAGAGGUGGAGCUUCCUGCUUGAAGAUGCACAGCCUGGGUCUUCACUUUGUCCUCAUGUAUUUGACCCCGCUGUCCCCCCAUCCUCUGGAGCAAGCAAUCAUAGUCACCCUCUCCCUUGCUUUCUCAGACAGCUGCUGUGAUUUGAAUAACCAAGCGGGCUGUUGAAUGUCCGGUGGUGACUGAUUUGCCUGGCAAACAGACUUUCAGGUCCUUGGCCUCACUGGUACUAUGGAAAAAAACUCAGCCCCCAUGGGAUGUUUCCUCUCCUUAUACCCAAGAGCUGCCUAGGGUCGUCUUGCCCUUGUUUAUGGAUCCCAGCACCUGUCUGCCCCUGGAAGCUGGAAAGAGCCCUCGGGAACCUGGCUUAGAAAGGGUAAUGGUAGACCCCAAGACAGAGGUAACUGGAACCAGCUAAGUCUGUUCCCAGGGCCUGUCAUGAAAUUUGCAUGGAAAGAAUAAGUCUCCUUCACAGCUGCCCCCUCCCUUCCCACCUGGGAUAGUCAUCCUGGGGCUGAGGUCUGACAACAGGUGGAGGAGGCAGCCUGGGUGUGUGUGUGGUAUCAUCUCACCAUUCCCGGAGGUGAUGCCCCGUGCCUUCCUGGUCAGGAGUAGGCGUCCGCAACCACCCAACUGGGGUCACCUGCCUGACCAGCUCCGGGGAGACGCCUAUGUCCCAGACGGGCCCCUCACUAGGCCUGGAGGUGAGGGACAAGGGAGACACAAAGCAUCAGCAUCUGGCUUCUCUCCUAACUGCAGCAACCUGGGAGGGCCACCGGCACACCAGUCUUCUGGCCUCGGGGACUCUUUGGCAGUGCCCACACAGCGCACUUUGGUCACCACUCCCAGGGGCCCUGGGACACUUGGCUGCCCACUCUGCCCCAAGGCCUUCCCAUUACAGCGCAUGCUGACAAGGCACCUCAAGUGCCACACCCCAGCACGCCGCCACAUGUGCCGCUGUUGUGGCAAGGGAUUUCACGAUGCCUUCGACCUCAAACGCCACAUGAGGACUCACACCGGGAUCCGCCCAUUCCGCUGCGGAGCUUGCGGUAAAGCAUUUACGCAGCGCUGUUCGCUUGAAGCACAUCUUGCCAAGGUGCACGGGCAGCUGACCAGCUAUGCUUAUCGUGAGCGCCGUGAGAAGCUGCAUGUGUGCGAGGACUGCGGUUUCACCAGCUCGAGGCCCGACAUCUACGCACAGCAUCGUGCUCUGCACCGUGCUGCUUGAGACUGUGUACCCCUCGUUCAACCCAUGAGAGGCAAA